UGUUACUAAUAGAUGUAGAAAUAUAAAAGGUUUGGCAACUUAAUAACUCCAAGUGAUGAUGGAAAGAUGUUUGUGUCAAGUAAAGAAACUUAACACUAUCUUGUUUCAAAUUCAACGAAAAAGGUUCCACACAAGUUUACAACAAUAUGUCAUAAGACCAUCAUCAGUGCGAACUUUAUGGACUUCCAGUAUUUGCAAUGAGGAUAAUAUUAAUCAAAACAGUACCACAGAAAACAAAUUCAAGUCUGUAAAGGUACUGUCUCGCCCGAAAACAAGACAACCUGUCAAGCCCAUGUCAAAAAAUGUGAAUAAAAACCAAGUUUGUAUGACCUAUGCAACUGCUGACCAUUACAGUUUUACAGCAUUGGUAGCAUAUGCCUCACAAGACGUGAGAUUAGAAUAUGUUGACUUACCUCGAGAAGUUACUAAUGCAGCUCUGUUUAAAACGAACAACUGCUCACUAUUACGAUCUUCAGGAGAUGGAUUUGUUUUUUUCUUCAGAGAAGGGGCAAUAUCUUUUUGGAACAUAAGUGACAAAGGAAUCAAUGAAAUAAUGAGCCUAACAAGAAAAUUUGAAGAGGAACCUUAUCAGAUUCACCUGAUCAGUUGGGAGAGUGAACAAAUUGACUACAGAUUUCAUUCAAAUGUGUCAAAAUUUGAAAAAAAUCAUUUCUUGCUGUGUGAUACAAAUAAUUUCCAGUUAGCAUGCGCGGAGAUGUAUGCAUUUUCACAUGCACUUGUUGUAUCUGUGAAACUUGCUCACUGGGAACAUUCACUUGAUAAGUUAAUCAAAUCAAUUGAAUCUCUCCCACACGAGUUGAUGGUUGGAAGAAAAUUACAAUACAGAACAACAGAAUCAGUUUUACAAAAAAUUGGAGAAGUUUUUAUGAUAAGACACCGAUUGAAUCUGCAGUACAAUUUACUCGAUGUACCAGAUGUGUAUUGGGAUCGUGAUGAUUUGGAACAUUUGUAUGUGAAAACAACAGAGUUUCUUAAUAUUAUACGAAGAGUAAAAAUUAUGAAUGAGAAGCUUUCAUACUGUGCUCAUAUGGUUGAACUGGUUAAGUCACAUUUAGCUGAACAGAAGUCUAUUCGAAUCGAGAUUUUGAUUGUAUUGCUUAUUCUUAUAGAAGUGAGUAAUUUGUUAGUAAUUUACUGUAUAUCUGAACUUUUUAUCACCCACAGGUAUUGUUCGAAAUUAUUCAUUUUUUUAUUAAACCGUAUCUCACCAAAACUGCCAAAGAAGAAUAGAAGAUAUUUUUAAUUUUCUAUACUCUUCUUGGAGGCCUUGGACCCUUCUUUUCUACAUGUGGUGGUUGAAAACUUUUGAAAGAAAUUUGGUCCGGUUCUUCUAACACAAAACCAGUUUCUACCACAGCUGUGCAAAAUGAUUUUAUGCGAUCCGAGUUGUCUACCAUAUUCUGUGGAAUUGUCCAUGCAGCGCAUGAUAUACCCGCACGAAUGCAUCGCUCAGCAAAAAUUGUUCCAAUAUUAUAGCAUGCACUGACAUCAUUUCCUUUGUAUAGCAUCUUCUGAAUGCUCCUGGAUGGUAUCAUGUAUUAAACUAAAAUGCAAUUUAUAUGGUAUAAAUAUUUACCACUCUCUUGUCGAGACUGCUACAACUUGAUUUCCAUGAUAAUGAAGUAAACUUGCGUAAGUAUGUUUCCCGGUGACUUCAAAUAAAAUCCUACCAAAUAAAUA